GCAUGAGGCAGAGUAGAGUAACUAGUAUGCAGAAGUUCUCAACUUCCAGGAAACUUCAGAAACCUAAGCAGAUAGGUAUCUGUGAACCCAAUUAAUUAAUUUUUCCCAUUGCUUUUGUCUUGUUUCCAAUACAUGGACACCAAGGUAUUAUCCACCGGAGUUCAAUACUUAAACUUGCCGGAAAGUUAUAUCAGGCCAGAAUCAGACCGACCCCGCCUAUCUGAAGUCUCUGCUUGUGAUGAUGUUCCUGUCAUUGACUUGGGUUUAAAGGAUAGAUCCCAAGUUGUCAAACAAAUUGCAGAGGCCUGCAAAUCCUAUGGCUUCUUUCAGGUGACCAAUCAUGGUGUGUCUUUGGAGGCAGUAGAAAAAAUGUUACAAGUAGCCACUGAGUUCUUUAGCCUACCUGUGGAAGAGAAGUUGAAGUUGUACUCAGAUGAUCCAUCAAAGACAAUGAGACUUUCUACAAGUUUUAAUGUGAAAAAGGAAAAAGUUCACAAUUGGAGAGACUAUCUUAGACUUCAUUGUUAUCCUUUGGACAAAUAUGUGGCUGAGUGGCCUUCCAAUCCUCCUGAUUUCAAGGAGAUUGUGAGUAAUUAUUGCAUGGAAGUUCGACAACUUGGGUACAGAUUAGAAGAAUUGAUAUCAGAGAGCUUAGGCCUAGAAAAGGAUUGCGUAAAGAAUGUUUUGGGAGAACAAGGACAGCAUAUGGCUGUAAACUAUUACCCACCAUGUCCGGAACCAGAACUGACUUAUGGAUUGCCAGGGCAUACUGACCCCAAUGCCCUCACAAUUCUACUUCAAGACCUGCAUGUAGCUGGCCUUCAAGUCCUCAAAGAUGGCAAAUGGGUUGCUGUCAAUCCGCACCCAAAUGCUUUUGUCAUUAACCUCGGUGAUCAGUUACAGGCACUGAGUAAUGGGGUUUAUAAGAGUGUUUGGCACCGAGCAAUUGUCAAUGCUGACAAACCAAGGCUAUCAAUAGCUUCGUUCCUCUGCCCAUGUGACGACGCAUUAAUCAGCGCCCCCAAUUCACUCACAGAUGAUGGAUCUGAAGCUGUAUACAGGGGUUACACAUACGCAGAGUAUUACAAGAAGUUUUGGAGUAGGGACUUGGAGAAAGACAACUGUUUGGAUUUAUUCAAGAAUUAGCCUGUGUUGGCUUGGAUAGUCUUAAAUUUUUGUAGUUUAUUUGCUUAUUUUCUUUGAAGUGAGUUAGGAAAUGGCUUUAAGCAAAUAAGCUUGCUUUAAGUUUUGCUUAUUAGCUUAAAGCCAUUUUCUACCUCCUUUAAGCAAGCAAGCAAAUAAGAUACCAAGAAGUCUAUCCAAGUUCUCAACUAGUGAAUCUGUUGUUGUUGCUGUUCUAGUAGUUUUCAUCUAUUUUUUUCUUCUCGUAUUGGGUUUUUCAUGUUACAAAUGAAGUUCUGUGGGCUACUGUAAUCAUUUUGUUAAGAAAAGUCCAAUAGCAGCAUGGCUGAAACGGUCCCCCUCUGCCAUCAAUUUAUUAGACCCAAGCUCCAUAUAUAGCAGCAUGGCUAUAAUUCACCCUAGUCUUGGUUGAAUAAUGGGGGUUCUGCCCUAUUUCAUAUGCGGCAAUGCAUAUUCUCUGGAGAAGGCUGUCCAUUGUGCCUGUUAUGGUAAGUGGGAAUUUUUCUAACUUUUUUAGGCAUAAAAUGAACCUUUAAAUUGUCUUUUGCUGUAUGUUUGAUUGUCGGUGCACGCAGUUAUAUAAGGUUAUGUUAUGUGAAGUUGAACUUCCCUCCAUUGUUGUAUUAUGUCAGACAAUUUUAGCUGUUCAUGAAAUGGUUAUUGUAUGAAAGAAAGUUUUUUCGCUUGUCA